AUGGGAGGUGGCAUCCAUGACCUGGGGGACGUGCGGGAGCUCCCGUCACAGAAUGCCGGAGGCCACCACAUCCCAGCCGGGAAGCUGCAUGUCGCAGACCAGAGGCGAGGAUCCGGGUGUGGCCCUACUGUGCGCAGCUCCUGCGCCCUGGGUGCCCGCAGUUGUCUGCUGGUCUCUUCCUCUGGCACCCACUUCACGGCAGAGAAACGAGACCGCAGGGAGCCCGGGAAGGAGCUGGCCUUGAACCCAUGUAUCAAGCCGCCUUCUCCUUCUCAGGGUGGCCGGCCCCCCGCUGCCGGCACCCCCUCUGCCGUGUGGGAUUCAAUUAAGCUGUUCCCCCCCCCCCCUCCCCCGCUUCUCCGCGGCAGCGACGGAGCGGCUACCACGGAGAAAAACGACUUCAAUAAACAGGAACCUCGGGGAGGGAGCGGACUGCGUUUGCCGACCCCUGUCAAGCCAGCCUCCGCGGAGGGCCUGCUGGGGCCGCGCCCCACCUGUAUGUUGGAGAUGUUCCGCCCUCCAGGGUUGCGUGGACAUGCAGACCGCGCAGGGCCCGUCGUGAAGCCCGCACAUAAUGUGUUCACAGGUGGUGGGGAUUUGGAGCGCAUCUUCGGGGCUGUUGUUCAGCUGACCGCAGAAGACCUGUUGGGAACGGAAUGUGGACCCCGAGAAUGCGAAUGCGGGCGGGCCAUUCUCCUGUUGCCCGGUGACCGCGACCACAGACACACUCGGGUGUUGGGGAGCAAGGCUGCAGGACUGGGGAGGACCCAGUACAUGGGGGACCGCCGGCGAAGUCUGUCCCACAGCCACCACAGCUCGGAGGCCGAAGGCGGGCCCGACUGGGGACAGGACGAUGAUGCCCUCGGCGUGCAGGGCACAGUGUUCAGGAGUCCAGGGACCAAGGACACCACGUGCCUGGAUGACGAGGAGCUGAGUUUUGAAGACCGAGAAGCGGAGACCCUCCCAGAGGAGGUGACUGGGGGAGAACCGCCUGGCCCCCGGGCCCCCGAGGAGGCCCUCGAGCCGCUGGAGAGGGUUCUGGAGAAAGACGCGGAGGGCAUACCUGAGAUGAGCCGGCUGUCCAUCACCCAGAGGCUCCCCAGUGCUGCCUCAGCCAGAGGGAGGAGGAGGAGGAGGAAGCGGGUCUUUGAGCUGGCAAAGCCCAAGACCAACUGGCAAGCCCUAAGAGACAGGAUGGGGUGCUGCUGUAAGGGCUAUGCCUGGGUGUCCCCGUGCAAGAGGAACUUGCAGUUCUGUGUCUACUGGCCUUCUGUGUACUGGACAGAGAGGUUUCUUGAAGACACCACCCUCACUGUCACGGUGCCAGUGGUGACGCGCCGAGUGGAGGAGCUAGCUCGACCUAAAAGGUUCUACUCGGAGUAUUUCAACAACAACAGGAGCACCUCCGUCUGGCCCGUUCCUCGCCCUACUCUGGAAUACCAAGCUUCGAGUCGCCUGAGGGAACUGGCCACCCCGAGGGUCCGGAAUAACAUUUGGAGCAUAAACAUGUCUGAGGUGUCCCAAGUAUCCAAGGCAGCCCAGAUGGCAAUCCCCAGCACAAGGAUCCUACAGCUGGCAAAGCCCAGGGCCCCAGCCACCCUGUUGGAAGAGUGGGACCCCAUGCCAAAACCCAAGCCGCACGUGUCGGACUACAAUCGCCUCCUUCACUUGGCCAUGCCCAAGGCCCAGUCGGACCAGUGUGUUCCUGACCGAGAUCCACGCUGGGAGGUGCUGGACGUCACCAAGAAGGCAGUGGCCAGUCCCCGGAUCAUCUCCCUGGCCAAGCCCAAAGUGCGCAAAGACCUCAACGAGGGCUAUGACCCCUACCACAUUUCCCCCGCGUCUCUGGUGGCUCAGGCAUCCCCCCGCUUGUACGAGCUGGCCACCCCCAAGAGCAUCACCAAAAGAGUGUGAGCGACCCAGGCCUGGCCUCUGAGAUCCCAUUCCCAGUAAACACCCAACUGCGCCCUAACCUUGUGUGUCGUCGGCUCUGAGUGUUUUGGCCCGAAGGCGGGAGGGCAGGCUGGUGGCCAAAUCGAGGACAAGGAGGAAAAUGAUAAUGUUCAUGCUUACAUUCAGCCUGGGAUUUGUACGGCCCUGUUAUCUUCCAGAUCGCGCUGUCCUGCCCUCUGCGCUUCUCAGGUGCCCACUUCCCUCCCUCGUUCCCUCUGAGCCUCCUGGGUGUCCCCAUGCACCUCAAACUCAGUGACCCUACAAUAAAACCAGCUGAUGCCUA